AUGGCCACCGACAAGGUCUUUCUAUGGGUUAACAAAGACUCGACUGACGUCGAUUUGAAGCCCUCAGAUCCCUUUAGUAUCACGUCCCAUGUGUCAAGGAACCAUCGGAAAUGGCUUAAGACGCAACGGCAGAAGAAGUUGGACGCGACCCGACCCCGAUAUCUGGUACACACAACGUUUUCGGAAUUCCAUCCACCAGACCCCAAGCAAAGUCCCUUCCAGUCGCCAAAUGUAAGAUGGGAAUCGGGCAAUGACCAUGUGCCUGGAAGGGCAGCCUCGGAGCCUGACCGCACUAUUGGUGCCAAAGAUACGAGUUGCCAGAAAAGGGAAACACAAAAUGCAGAUCUUCCGGGGACUAAACAGGUGUUCAAGCACGAAUACGCCAAUCGCGACGGAUCUGUUGACCUGUGCCCGACUUCUGUCACUUUGGGGGCGGUUCAUAGGUAUAAGGGCAACUCCGAUCCCUUUGGCGCCUGCGUGCUACCGUUGACUCCGGAGCGGUCACAGGCUCUCAAAUCUGCGCUUCGUUGUUUCGUGUUUGCCGCCUGGCCUGAGGAUGCCAAGAGCGUUUUCAGAGCCCGUCUCGGCGACAAAGGCUCGCAUAUCGAUCUCAGCCAUGCCAUCAGUAGCGAUGCGGAAUUGAAUGCCAUUCUGGCUUCGGGCUACUACGCGCAGAAUGUUCUGGAUCCAGGGGCUGGCCGAGAGGCCCUUUCACAUCGGCUGCGCUCUAUAGAGCUGCUUAGGCAGCGAUUACAGGAAGCCCUUCCAUUAGCAAACCUUCUGACUCUCAUGAGACUGCUCAUCUCACUCGACUUCAACUCCGGAGACUUUGAGUCUGCAAGGGUCCACCUACGAGGCAUUCGAAGCUUGUGUCAACAUGAUCAUCAGUUGGAGAGUAAUUUGCGCGAAGUAGUGCGGAACAGCGAUGUAUGGAUCGCUAUGGCACUUCUCUCGAAGCCCGAUAUCGAUCCCGCUCAACAUGAUCCUGGGCCACCCGCGCAGCAGAAGUGGUACUCCACAUUGCCAGCAGCACAGAGAGCGAGAUUCAAGUGGUCACAGCUACCUGUGGUCGUUGCGACUGUCCUCGGCGUGGAGCUUAAUCGUCUGCUUUCUGCCGCGAAGACUGUCAUGUACGGCAAAGAUGCUAUUACGUUGCCUGGCAACGAGCAGACGAGGAGUCGAAUGGUCUUCUGGACCUCUCGACGAGGCUCGGCAACGACUGGUGGUCUCAUGACCCAGUAUGCCCUCGAGAUGGAUCUGUCUGAAAGCAUUCCUUGUGACCCGGACGCACAACCAUAUCAUCAUUUGCGUGCAGCAGCAUCAUUGGUAGUCAUCCUCUUCAUGAACAUCCACUGGAUGGACAUGGCUAUCAAUUAUGACUUCAGCAGGACCUUCACCGCAAUAGAACCGUUACUCCGCAAGUGCUCUUCGCACGCAUCACCAACAGAUAUGGCUCUCACGCAGACUCUUCUGUGGUUAACAUUUCUCUGCGCAGUGGGCGACGACAUAUUCGCUGCACGAGGCAGUCUCUCCUUCUCCGGCUGGGCAGCGAGGGAAUUCCCAAGGCUCUGCAAGAUACUUGGCGUCGCGGGAUUCACAGCGACUCGACAGCUGUUAGCAGAAAUCGCAUACCGCGAUAGCAUCAUGGACGAAUUUCUCGAGGCACUCCUCGAUAGAGACGCCGAGCACGCCACAAUUCGAGGUCCCAUCCUCGAUUUUGGGCGCUGGCGAGUCAUACUGAAUCACUAUGUUGACGGGUAA